AUGAAAGAAAUUAUAGUGCGGAAAGCGAGGGAAGGCGACUUUCAGGCGAUCAGUGAAAUGUCCCAAGGAAUCUACCAAGGACACGACUAUUUUCUAUGCGUCUUCCACAAUUGGCUUCAAAGUCUCCAUAGAUUAAUCUUUGUAGCUGAAUUAGAUGGAAAGGUUGUUGGUCUCCGUGCCAUUAACAUCGUUGACAAUGGUAAAACAUUUAUAAGCCAAGGUCUACGAAUUCAUCCCGAUUUCCGAGGGCAGGGYUUAAGUUCACGACUCAUCGACGCAGUUCACGACUUUAUUCGUACGCACUACCCGAAUGUUUUCCGAGAGCGUUUUACAACCAAGUCGGACAACAUAGAACGCUUGGCCAUCCAGAAAAAGAAUGGCGAUAGAGCAGUUCUUGAUCAAGACAUUCUCGCAUACUAUGCCGACAAGGAUGAAGUUUCAUCGAAGSUGCUUGAAGAAAUACGUAUGGAAAUUGCUGCCAUACGACUCUAUCCAUAUACCAAGAGAGAKAUAUCAGAUGUUAUCUUUACCGAAGAAGUAGCAAAUGUGCUGUUUCAAGAAAGGACACUUAUCAUCGACUGGGAACCUUACGAAGCCCUACGUACAAAUAUCGAUUACGUUUUCCAGGAAACCGACAGUCAAUAUGCAGACCGAAGUCCAGCCGAUUACAGUCGUGGUGAGCUUCCGAAGUCAUUCAGCCAUGGACGAAGAUCUCCACGUACCGACUGCAUUCAUUGGGUUACAACAAUCUACACAGACGAUCCAUUACUAUACCACGCCCAUCUCAUACAACAGUUUAAAUGCGCCAUGAACGCCAUCAAAGGUCCAUUUAUAUUUUCACCAUUUCAGCAAUCAAGCCUGACGAACAAGGGUCAUGAGGUUCUUAAAGACAAGCUUCACCUCAAACCAGUGGAAUUUUUCACGUUUGGGCUGAGGCUAUUUGAAAAGGAAUUCAAAUGACAAGUAGAACGCUUAAU